AGAGAAAGGGGAUGGAAAGCAACACAGGAAAUGGAAAGGUGGUGUGCGUCACUGGUGCUUCUGGCUUUAUAGCUUCAUGGCUCGUUAAGCUUCUUCUUCUUCGUGGUUACUCUGUCAAAGGCACUGUUCGUGACCUAAAUGAUUCAAACAAGACAGAACACUUGCUGAAACUGGAAGGAGCAAAGGAGAGAUUGCAGCUUAUGCAAGCAAAUCUGUUGGAAGAAGGUUCCUUUGAUUCUGCUGUUGAAGGCUGUGAUGGUGUCUUUCAUACUGCAUCUCCUGUUUCUCUUGCUGUCAAAGUGGACCCUCAGGUUGAGUUUAUUGAUCCAGCAGUGAAGGGAACUCUCAAUGUUCUUAAAUCAUGCGUGAAAACAUCAUCUGUGAAACGAGUUGUCCUAACAUCUUCUGUGGCUGCAGUUUUCUACAAUGCAAAACCUAGAACUCCCGAAGUUAUAGUUAACGAGACAUGGUUUUCAGAUCCAAAUAUUUGUAAGCAAAAUGAGAAAUGGUCAGGGUAUGUACUUUCUAAGACUUUGGCUGAAGAAGCUGCAUGGAAAUUUGCAAAAGAAAACAACCUUGAAAUUGUCACUAUCAAUCCGGCAGCGGUAAUAGGGCCUCUCUUGCAACCAACGCUUAACGCAACUGCUAAUUUUGUCACAAAUCUGUUGAACGGUGCAAAGACAUUUCCAAAUGUUACUUUUGGAUGGAUCAAUGUGAAAGAUGUUGUAAAUGCCCAUAUUCAGGCAUUUGAAAUUCCUUCUGCUAAUGGAAGGUAUAUUUUGGCUGAGAGAGUUGCACACUUCUCGGAUGUUGUGAAGAUUUUACACGACUUGUAUCCAACACUGCAACUUCCUGAAAAGUGUGAAGAUGACACAUUGAUGACAAUGUAUCAUAUUUCAAAAGAAAAGGCAAAGACAUUGGGGAUUGAAUUCAUUCCGCUUGAAGUGAGCCUCAAAGAAAUGGUGGAAAGCCUCAAAGAAAAGAAAUUUGUUGACUUCUAAAUUAUUUUGAGUCA